CGGUAGUAAUGGAGUAAUGGAGGGGGUCACAGUCGGUCAGGUAUUUGAUGCGGAAUGCAUCCUCAGUAAACGGCCCAGAAAGGUAAGACACGCUCCGGGGGGUCCGUCGUCUCGUGACGUGUCUCGUGUGCUGACCUCUCGUGUCGUCUCUCCACAGGGCAAGUUUGAGUAUCUGGUGAAGUGGAGAGGGUGGUCGUCCAAACACAACAGUUGGGAGCCGGAGGAGAACAUUCUGGACCCGAGGCUGCUGGCAGCUUUCCACAAGAGAGAACAAGAGCGAGAGCUUCUGUUCCAGAAGAAAGGGAAGCGGCCGCGAGGAAGACCGAGGAAGAUUCUGCAGCCCGAACCGGCCGAGACUAAAGAUGGCCGCUCCUCGUCCUCCUCUUCCUCCGGCCUCUCGUCGUCCGCCUCCUCCUCUUCCUCAGAGGAGGAGGAGGAUGAUGAUGAUGAAGACCACGGUAAGAAGGCGAAGCCUCGAGUCCACCACCCGGUCCCCCAGAAGAGGCCUCAGAUGGUUCUCGCCAAACCGGAUCCUCCCUGCAAGAAGAAGCGCGGCAGGAAGCCGCUCCACCCGGACCUGAGGGCGCUGAGGCAAGCCAAGCGAAGACUUCCUCCUCUUCCUCCUCCUCUUCCUCCUCCACCUGCUCCUCCACCUCCACCUCCUCGCCACCACCAGGUGCUCAGACCCCCCAGGGAGGAUCCUCGACCCGGGGUGAAGAAACCUCUGCAGCCGGCCAGCUUCACCUACACCGGUCUGAGCCGGUCCUCCAGAGAGGAGUCCUCCUCCUCCUCCUCCUCUGCCUCCCAGACCUCCUCCAGCUCCUUCUCCCAGACCGCCGCCGCCUCCAAACCGGGUUCCCUCGGCUGCAUCUGGACCAGUCGUUCCAUGUCUCCGUCCUCCUACGGCAAAACCGGUCCGUCCGCACAAAGUAAGAACUCCGAGCUGAAGCGCUCCGUCUCAGAAUCGGGAGGCGGGUACAAAGGUCUGAAACCCGGUGGAGGUUCGGGGUCGUUGGGUUUACACGGCAGCUUCGGUGGACCGGCGGCUCAGCGCUCCCCGCUGGGCCAGAGGAGACAGGAGGGCGCCGGGUCGGUCCAGCACAAGCAGCAGAACCUCUCCAAAGCAACGUCCUCGCCGACGCCUCGAGACCGAGCCAACCAGGCGCUCAACCUCCGAGCGCUCAACCUGCAGAGCGUCAGCAAGCCAGCGGCCGGCGGCGGCCUUCAGGGGAACGGCGCCGGAGCAGUGGCGGCGAGGUCGAGCUUAAGGAGCGGCGCUGUCGUUGUGAAAGGGGGAGCGGGGAGCGGCAAAGAGACUCGGGCGGGCAGCGGCUCGGGCGGGCAGCGGCCCGGUCUGGCAGCGGGCGGCGGCGGUACAGAGCAGAGAAGGUUACGGGAGGACCGGGGGAAGGAGGUGACGACCAAGACGACGGGCGGCGGCAUGAGACACGAGGACAGGAAACACACGCUCGCCUCUCAGAACCGGAGCCUGAACGAGCUCAGCACCGGCGACUCGGACGAAACCAGCAGCAGCAGCGAGUCGGAGCGGGACGACGCCGCUCUGUACCCGAACAACAGCAGGCCGAGCCUCGGCGACGACGCUACGGGGUCCGACGCUGACACGGACUGGCGGCCGGCCCGGAGCCUCCUGGAGCACGUGUUCGUCACCGACGUCACCGCCAACUUCAUCACGGUGACGGUGAAGGAGUCGCCGACCAGCGUGGGGUUCUUCAACUCACGGAACCACUGAGGGUCUAGCUGAGACCGGGUCUCUCAGGGUUCCGUUGUGGUUCCGGUCCAAAUCCCGGAUCCCCCGAGAACUCUUCCUUCUGCCGUCCCAAAACAGACGAUCCAGGUCCCUGUGGUCUCAGUAGUCCAGCAGGAGACAACAACAACACGGUGAACAGAGGGAACUCCUUCUUGGUCAAAGUAUUUGAGUCUGUGAGGAGGAGGAGGAGGAGGAGGUUCUUCAUCCAUCCUCAACAGUUUAGUCUUCACACCGGCGUCCCACUUCAACUUCUACCGGUUCCUCCAAUGUGGUACCAACACAUCCAGAAACACUCCAGAGCUGGAGGUGAACAGUGCACGUGAUCAUUACUCAUUCUAACUAAAGCUGAGUCAAACCUCAGCAGAAUCCAGACUGGUAUCAGAACGACGUGACUCUUAAUGUGUGACUCGUUUUGUCGUCUGGUUAUUUUAAAGCUGUGAAGAAACUGAACCACAGUGAGCUCAGUGAGGACGGGAUGUUCCGGAUGUUCCGAAUGUUCCGAAUGUUCCGGAUGUUCCGGAUGUUCCGAAUGUUCC